AUGGCGCCAUCGCAUUCCUCGUACACGGCAAGCCCGACGCGCUUCCAAUCACCGCAACGCAGCCCGUCGCGUCCGCCCUCACAAGAUGGAUCGCAGUAUGAGAUGGAUCUAGACGCCUUAGGCCUCAAUUCGACAUUUGAAUCGACCGAGCUUGAGCAUAGCCAUCAGCCACCCGUCGAUCGUGUAGACACGAGCGAGAUCGAGGGCCCAGAAGACUUUACCAUGAACAUGACCUACUGGAUGACGGCCGAUCUGCCCCUGGCGCAAAUCAAGUCGCGGAAAGAAGCCAACACCAAGCGCCCGACGGCACGCAUGGAUGCUAUACCAGACGGCAGCGAAGGACGGCAAGCGACAGAGGUGGGUGAGCCAGUAGUCGUAGUUGAAAAGCCCAGGCAACGGUCAGACGAGCCGCCUCGUACCGCGUCACCCUCUAGGCGCGCCAACGGCUCGUCGGAAGAGCGCCGGCACAGCAAAGCAGUGUCGGAACGAUCAAUGGAGAAUGAUGAAAAGGUUCGCAGCUUCCUCAGCAACCUUCCAGACACAGAAAUGGAUGGCGCCCUCACCGGAACACCACUGCAUGGGCCCCGGCGUAGUUUCCUGCAGGUUCCUAGGUCUUCACCACCAAAAGCACGAUCACUGCAACCUACCGUCGAAGAUUAUGAUACUCCGCGGAAACCCACUCUAGAGACCGUUAUACGGCACACUUCGGCCAUCAUAGAUACGAACGAACAGGACGUCGCCCGUAACAAGAUUGCAGAGCUGCAGCAUCAGCUCGAACAGCAAGAGUCGUCUUCAAGGUCGCGCAUCACAGAACUCGAAACCAUCCUGUCGUAUACCCGUUCCGAGCUCGAAAGCACGCGUGCUGAGAAUUACAAACACAAGGAAAAGUUGUCGAGCUUGGAAAAGAGCAUGCGGCGUCAAAGUGCUGAUCAUGAUGCAGCUCGUGCAGCUGCUGAUGCCCAGUUGAAGUCGCUUGAAGAAGUUGAGCGUCAGCGGAAGAAUCUCGAAGAGUCGAACCGACAACUUGCUGAAGAGAUGAAGACAAAAGGCCAGAGCCUAGACGAGGUGCAAGCAGAGUUGUCGCACACGAAGCUUUCGCAUGAGCGAGAGGUCCAAGACUUGAAAAAUACACAGGCACAACGGUCUGAUAAAACGGACGAGAAUGCGGAGAAUAAACGAUUGCUGCUAGCCGAGCAGCUUUCUUCAGUUCAGGCACGAGCCAAUGCUCUUCAGUCCAAUCUCCAAACGGCGACAGCUGAAGCGAAGCUGGCGCGUGAGGAGGCACGGGAAAAGAACCAAAUCUGGUCUGCAAUCGAAGCAACUGCCUCGGAGCAGACUCGACGCAUUGUCAAGCUUGAAGGGGAACUGCAAAAUGUGCGUUUCGAAGCUCAGUGUGCACAGGCUGAUGCCGCAGCUAAGCAGCAGUUGUUUCAGACAAAUCUCGAGCUUAACACUCGUCUUCGUGCGCUGCAGUCUGAACUCGAGAGGGUGCAAAAUGACUCUACUGGACACGGCCAGCGCACUGAGUCUGAUGAGUUAGAGGCGCGCAUCAGCUCUCUCCAGUUCCAGCUCGAUUCCGUACGUGCAGAUAAUGCUGCAAAAGACCAACAACUUCAACAUACAAUCUCCCUAGAAGCAGAGGUGCAGUCCCUUCGAGCUCGAACUACGGCUCCUAGGGAUGAGCAGACUGUCAAUGAUGGACAGUCUCGCCAGGUCGUUGAGCUGGAGACUCGUAUACGAUCCCUCCAAUCCCAGCUUCAAUCUGUGCAGUCUGAGCUUGGAACCAAGGAUCAAGAGAUGAGAAAUAUUAUUGAGGGGCAGGAGCAGGCUGAGCAUCGAAUCAACACGUACCAGGGCCGCUUGCAAAGCCUGGAAGCUGGCAAUGCUAACCUUCGCCAGCAGCUAGCAGAAGCACACCGUGAAAGUGCCCAAGCAAGAGGCGAUGCUGAACGAUUUGAACGAGACUUGGAAGAUGCAAACGAUCUGUUGAAAGAGGCCCGAGCCGAGGCAGACCGCCGGGUCGGCGACAUUGAGAAGAAGCUCAGCAAGAUGAAGGAAUUGAAGUCCGAGGUCGAGACCAAGUUUAAAGAAUUACGAGCGCAACACGAAGAUAUGAUUGAAGAACACGACACCACAGUGGAAGAAGUCCGCGACAAAGCCGAAGACGCCGUACGCAAAGCCGGCGCGCUCCUAGAGCAAGAGCGCAGCGAAAAGCGACGGAUAACACGAGACCUCAAGCGGGUCAAAGAAGAAGUCGAAACACUGCGUAACAGCGCAGCAAAACAGGCCCUGGGCCAAGACGAUGACAACUCCACUGUCGACGACCAUGACGCGACAACCAACUCAUCCGCCACGGCGACCAACGCCCAAGCCACGGAAAUUACUAGUCUCCGCAGCAUCAUCCGCAACCAACUUGCCGACAUCAAAACUCUAAAGUCUGAAAUUUCGGCCCUCCGUAAAGAAACCAAGCCAUACAAGUCGACGCGCUCAGACUCAUAUUCCUCCACCAUCUCCACCCUCGAAUCCACCAUCUCCACCCUCCGCACCGAAAACGCAUCUCUCCAGUCUCUCCUCGCCACCAAAGAAGCAGAUCACGAGGCCGUGAACAAAGCCAUGGACGAAAAACUCGCAGCCCUGUUGAGCAAAGUGAUGAAGGAAAAGGCAAAGACGCUCGUGGGCAAGCGCGAUGGGCAGUGGAGUGAGAGUGUGAGAGAGCUCGAGAGCGAGAGGGAGAUGUUGGGUAAAGUAGUCAUGAGGCAGUGGGGGAGAGAAGAGUUGGGCUUUGAAGAGGAUAGGGAUACAAAGGAUGGAAAGCAGGCAUAUCGGUACAAGUAUGCUAAGCGGGCAUGA